AUGCCACCAAUUCGCUCCCGAAGCUCUAAAAAUUUAAUAGAGCAAGAGGGUAGGAUCUUAUUAGCUAUCCAGGCUAUUAAGAAGCAAGAAAUUCGUACCAUUGCUGCCGCUGCCCGUACUUUCAAUAUACCCCGUUCUACCCUACGCGAUCGUCUUAACGGCCACACCGAACGAAGCACUACACGCGCAAAUUCAUAUAAAUUGACAGAAUUAGAAGAAGAAUCUCUUGAAAAAUGGAUUCUCUCUAUAGAUCGACGUAGAGGCGCCCCCCGGCCUUCUAUGGUACGAGAAAUGGCGAAUCUUCUUCUCAAAAAGCGCGGAACUACCCCGGUUCUUUUGGUCAGCGAAAACUGGGUGACAAACUAUGUGAAAAGACGUCCUCUUCUAUCCUCUCGGUUUUCGAAACGGUAUAACUACGAGCGUGCGAAAUGUGAAGACCCGAAGAUUAUUACAGAGUGGUUUAAUCUUGUUCAAAAAACUAUCUUACAAUUUGGGAUCGACCCGGACGACGUUUAUAACUUUGACGAGACCGGUUUUGCAAUGGGAUUAACCGCAACCGCGAAGGUGAUUUCGAGAAGUGAAUUCUACGGUCAGCGAGCUCUUUUAUAG